AUGAAGGCCGCUCAGCGCUGUCGCCAGGCUGGCCUUCCUGUUGCAACCGUUGACAUCCUUUCCGAGUCUACCAUCAGCAGACUCGCAAGCUCGAUAGAGGCCAAGAGGAAGGGCGCCGCCGGCGCAGACGACGCAAAGGCCGACACCACCCCUGCCCGUACCGUCGAGACCUUCACCCUGAGCCUGGACGGGUUGACGCUGCCGCCUGAUGUGGACCCGGACAACAUCGCCUACGCGAUGCCAUGCACACCGAUGCAAGAGGACUACUACCACCUGUUCUCGACGAACCCAGCGCCCGAGAGGCCCGGGAUCAUGACUACCUGCUACGAAAUCCUCUUCCGAGGCGGCCAUGGGCCUGUCGAUCCGUACAGGGCGGCCAGGGCGUGGCAGGCCAUCGUGGACCGCCACGCCAUGUUCCGCACCCGCUUCGUGCCCCUGGCCGAGCUGGGCGUGGCGUCCUGCCGUUCCGGCCCGCUGCCGCCCGAGACGGUCAUGCAGUUUGUGAUGCGGCAAUGGCCCGUCGACUGCGCCGUCGUCCACAUCGACUCGGACAGCGAGCACGACAUCCAGCAAUGCAGCGCGGUGCACACGGCCAACACGCUGUACCGGGCGAAGCCGGCCGCCUGCGUGUCGGUCCGCCUGUUCGUCACGCCCUCGGCCCGCGUCUACAUGAACGUCGUCCUCUGGCACAUCGCGGCCGACUUUGUGGCCACGGGCGUGUUCCAGGUCGACUUUGACCGCUUCUACCGCGGCGCCCUGCUCGACCGCCCGGCCCCCGGCUUCGAACUGUACGUUCACGACCUCGGACUGACGACCCGUGGUGGCCAGGCCGCCGUGGAGGCCGGCACCCGAUACUGGAUCCACUAUCUCGCCGGCGCCGAGCCGUGCUGGAUCCGGCCCCACCAUCUCGGCGUCGUCGACCGGCGCCCCAUCCAACAAUCUUCCUCCUCUCCGACCGCCUACUUGAACCCCAACGGAAAGGAGCUUACCUGCGUCACGAACCUCGGCAAGGCAUCGUGUCGACUGACCGUCGCAGGGCCGGCCGCCUCGUAUUGCCGCGAGUGCCGCGUCCUGCCCUCCAGGAUCCUCAGUCUCGCCUACGCCUUGACUCUGUCAAAGUACACUGGUCAGGAGGAGGUGUGCUUCUCCUACCUCGUCUCGGACCGCGACCGCGAUAUCCCGGACGUGGACGGUAUCCUCGGCAUGAUGAUCACCUACUUCUACGCCAGGAUCAGGGUGGUCCCGUCGGCGCGCGUGACCGACCUGAUACGGCGCCACCACGCAGACGACCUGGCCCACAGGAGACACCUGGUUUACCGCCCAAAGGACGUCGCCCGCGCCCUCGGCCACGGGGAAUCAGCUGGCGACCUUUAUGGAGUGCUCCCCGUGACGAAUGUGCGCUUCAACGACCGCCGGCUGGACAUCCCAGAGGGGCUCGAGCUAGCGUAUCGUGGCGUCAUCAGUAACCUAAUUCAAGAACUAUUCAUCUCGCUGAUCGUGGUGCCCGAGACUGAUGGGAAACAUGUAACGGUAAACUUUAGGUUCAAGAAACUAUGGUUUACUGAGGAGAGCGUACAAGCAAUGGCCGACACGUACGCCCGCAUCUUCCACGCGGUUGCGUCAGGGACCUGCGAGACCGUGGCAGAUGUCAUGGCACGCAUCUAG